AUGCAUGUACACCACCUAUCCACAAUCCACAUCGGAAUGAGCAUACAGAAGGCAAGACAACCUUGCCAGCCCUAUCCACACGACCUUUUCGACCACUGCACUCUACAGUUCACCACCAUUACUCACCGAACAUCCCAAAUGCUAUCUACAUACUCUCUACGUCCUCAUCAAGACCGCCCACAGCAUAUUAAGCUCAAUCCUACAUCCAUAGUCUCAAGUAUCCACGAUCCACCAUAUACCUAACCUUCACCUCCCAGUCGUCACCAUCAUCCAAUUCCCGAAGAUCAACGAUCUAUAUACAAUAUCGCUCUUUCGGGAUGUAAUGUGUAAUUUACUCGAAAAUUUCAAACAUAGAGCUCGCUAUGACUCCACUAUACGUUAUAGAUUACCCGCUCGAAGAGUUGGACAUGAGCCGUCGUUAUCUCAAAACAUGGAAAGUAAGACAUGUAACAAGGCGUAUACACAAGUCCACCUAAAUUCUC